AUGUUCCUCCACCUCUUCUUGAUGGGCCUCGGGCUUCCUUUCAUUCAGACUCUACAAUCACCAGCGACAGAACAGCUGAAAAGGGGCGUUUCAACCGUCUCAAGAAAAAACAUUGAAUGGCUACGAUAUCCUCAACCAUUUAAAUUAUUUAAAAGACGAAAACAAUUCCCCCCCGGAGGAAUUGAAUGUUUAGAGUGGCCGAUUAAAUAUCAUGAGUUUGAUGUGGCCCUUAAAUCUGCCUUACGAGAGAUGAAAGCCCAAAAUCGUAAGAGUAAUCAUUCAAUUACGAAAGGGAGAUUUAUCCAAACGUAUUACAGAAAGCAUAUACAAGGAGCAAAGCUUUACAUGUAUCCCAUAUACGGACUCUAUGUUAAUCCCAAAGGUGAUAUUGAGCCCACUCCAUAUCUUAUAAUCUCCAAGUCUGGCAAAAAUCAUGCCGUCUACAUGGUCACUGGUGGGAAUGUGAAAGCUGUCCCUAAUGAUCCACAAUUGAAAUUUAGCCUUUGUUUUAGCGAUAGCAAUUGA